AUGGAGCAAGCUCGGUAUUGGAUGUUGACUAAGCGAAAGCAUAAUUUGAAUUCUCAUUUGCCGGCCUCAACUAAUCCUUCAUUUGAUGAUUCUUGGGAAGAACAAGCUUUCGCUGAAGAUGCAGCUGGGCCUCUUGGAGGGUGUAUAUGGCCUCCGAGAUCUUAUUCUUGUAGCUUUUGCAGAAGAGAAUUUAGGUCUGCUCAAGCUCUAGGAGGUCAUAUGAAUGUCCACAGGAGGGAUCGAGCUAGACUAAAGCAAUCUCCAAGUCCUCACAAUGAAAUUCUUCCACAUGAGAAUCAAAAUCCUCCCAGUCACCUUCAAAAUCCCUAUACAUCUUUCGGUUUUCAAUACCCAUCUCAGCUUUGUUCCUUGGUUUAUAGCCCUAACCCUAAUUCUGAUCCUGGUCUUAUUGCAUCACCAACUUCCUCCUCUAGACCUACUCAAGAGACUUGCCGUGAAAAAGACUUUUUUCCUCCUUUCUCUUCUUUUAUUGUUGAAGAACAGCAAAAGAGACCCCCUAGAUCUUCCUCUCCCCCACUAACUAAGUUAGCAACUGAAAGAUGUUAUCAUAUCUCUGAUCUGAGCACCGAAGGAGAGAAGAAUUCAAGGAAAAUACAAUCAGGAUGUAGAGCCAAAGUAGAUUAUGACAAAACAGAUUUGUCGGCCAGCUUGAAUUUGGUCAUUCGACGAACUCGCCUAAGCAUAUCGGACAGCGAGGAGGAGCCUACGAGCUGCAAGAAGCGGAGGAUCGAUAAAUCAUCAUUACCUUUCUUUCUAAAGUCCAAUUCAGUUGACAAGUCUGAGGUGUUUGAAAUUAACCCUUGCACUGUAGAAGAAUUGGAUCUUGAACUCAGGCUUGGUGACCGGCCUAAGGUAAAGUAG